AUGGAACAAAGCCCGGUUAUUUCAAGGGACAAAAGUACUGCAGCGACAAACGUACCAGUGGCCGCAGUCCCCAACGAGCCGCCGGUGUCGCUCGUGGCCAACGGUCCAGCGUCCCCUGCUGGUCCCGCUUACGCGCAAGGCGCCGCCAUCGGUCCCAAUGUGGGAAUCCCCUUCCACACUGAGGGACUGUACUUCCCUCCGCAUUACUGCUUCCUCCCUCCCGACCAAACCGGUGUUACUGCAGCGGUACCCGCAGAUCCGAGCGCUGGUCAGGUUCCGCCCGCAGCUGCGGUCAAAGGUGCGGGAAUCGCCUUCCCUCAGCGGUUUUGCUUGGCGCCCCAAGCCCACGGCGCUGGCGGAACAGGAAGUGCCCCCAACCUCGUCGCUCAAGCUCCUCCCGCAGCUUCGGCGACGGGACCAGCGGUGCAGCGGCCUCCGGUGGUACCCGCCGCUCCUGUGGCCAAAGCUGCGGUUCGUCGCCGGAAGCAGCGAUCCACGGCAGCCGGUCGUCACGCGAGGAAGAAACCUGUCGCUGCCUCCAGUGGCAGCAAGUCACGUGGCGGGCGAAAGUCCGCCAGCGUCGAUACCACCGCAAUGAGCAGCUCGGAUUCAAGCAGCGUCAGUUCCUCUCCUCCCGAGGCGGUCACGACGGUCGGCAGUUCUCGCGAAGAGGAGGCCAAGCCGGUCGCGAAGAAGGACCUGCUCAAGUUGAUGCACACUUCCAACCUGCCCCAGCCGCUUCCCGAGGGCGAAGCCCGCAGGAAGCGACUGGUCACCACCCUCAUGGGGGUCGCGGUCCUGGUGGCGGCCCUGGCGGCCACUGCGUGCCUUCUGGCCCUUCUUAAAGACAACUGGAAGCACGGAGCGCCGACCGAUGGCGACGAAGAAACGAAUGCGAACUCGACCAUCCCAGAGCCACAGUCCGGGCUCGGCUCGCUGGAAGGAGUCGCGAACAAAAGUUUGGCAGAAUACGACAUGCUGCCGAACGAAUAUGGCCCGUUGCAGCAUUCCUAAGCGGUGCCCGAUACUUU